AUGGUGCUCUCAAUCGGUUUGUAUAACCCGCCGAUUGACACAACGGGUCGCGAAAAAAAAUCUACCAUAUCAAAGCCAUCAUCAGCGGCAGAACUACCUGUUCAUACUUCAAGCACCAUCAAGCCUUCCAAGCGAUCGAAGUUGAACCCGUUCAGUAAAGGGCAAGAACCUCGUGAGGACAAGGCGCGAUUGGUCGAGAAGACUGAAGCCCAGAUCCAGGAGGAACAGAAGAACAAAGAGCUUAUCAUGAAAUACCGCAAUAUGAAUGAAGAAGAGGUAGAGAAGUACCUAGACGAGAAGAAGAAUGGCAAAGAUGGUAUGAAUUCGGAGCGGGGUCUUCGAGCACUAGGUGCUGCGCUCGCUCCGGUUCGAUUGUUCUGA